GCCAUUAUAUAAGCUCCGGUGCCCGCUCAAAUCCCUCGAAGUUUCCUGUAAUGAGAAGUCCCCCUGUGCAGCAUUGGACCUCGAGCAGAUUGACAGCAUUUGCAGUUUCGACGCCAGCUGUUGCCAACGCAGACAUUAACUCCGCCUUAAUCCUUACACCGUCGCUUUGCCUGCGUCUCCCGCUGCUCUCGAGCUUCGUUUGCCUUAUUUCGCUCACGAACAUAUUGAGCCAUCGCACUCAAUCAUGACCGUCCCGACUGUUUACCAGCUGCGUCGUAUCUUGGACCUUGACGCUAGCACAUCAUUCAAAGCCCCGACCGUUACCGAGCAGACUUUCGACCCGUACUCCCAACAGCUCUGGAAGCGUGCGUUGUCGGUCAUGAAGCCCGAGGAAGUUUCGACUCUGAAGAUGUGGACGAGCAACGAGGAGCGGCUCGCGAUCGUCAAGGGUGGCGUAUCGCAUUUGAGCACAGAGGCCGAGCAAUGGCGAUACUAUGCUGCCCUAGGACCAAAGCCCGAGGCAAAUCAAUUGACUUUCGGAUGGCCGCUAGAUGAAAGCAAUACUUUCCCCAGCGCAUGGGAGAGCGACGUUCCGGAGGGUCGUCUGUGCCCGGAAAUCGAACAACACUCCGUUCCGGACCUCCCUGCCGUUUGCUGCAAAGACUCUGCUGGUGGUCUCGUUGACCAGUCGGGCGAGUUGCGAUUUGAUUCAAGCGGGUCAGGACCCGAGUCAUACGAGUUCCUCGCAAUGCUCCUCGUUAGGGCCGCCAAAGCAGUUGGUCAGGAGCACGACGGCAACACGCUCUAUACGUCAUACGGCAUGCGCGACGGUGUGUGGGCGCCGCGCACGGACACCUGUCUUGACGGCUGGACCGAAGAUUUGUUACGCAAUGCCAGGCUUAACGUUCCACCGCCGACAGUGUACAUCGCCCUGUACUUACUGUUCAAGCUCUCGCAGUUGACGGGACAGCACGUUCCGCAAGUCGAAGGGCCCCCUGAUGACGCCACGAGCGCGCGCAAAAGGGCCGCAAAGAACUUCGUGGAUAAGAUUCACAAGCAUGCAUGGGGACAAGUGAUUCUCAUCGUCUUGCCCUUGAUGCUUGCAAACAAGGCCCACGAUGAUAAUGCAUGGGGCAAUCCUUCUUGGCAUACAUUAAGCGGGAUCCCGUUGCUGGAUCUUGGCCAGCUGGAAUGGGAGUUCCUCAAGGUUUUGGACUUCGACACACAUGUAAAACUAGCUGAGUACAAGGCUUGGAAACACCACGUGGAUACUGUAUGGAGACAGGGCAAUUGGGACGACGUGGGCACGCAAAUGCCGUGGACGAGACUCGUACGGUCCGACGAUGGCCAGUCAUUCCAUUUCAUUCACGUGAGCGACAUGUAUUUGGAAAUGCGGAACAAACCGCUGCAGAAGGAAGGGACCCCGAAAUGGAUCCUUGAGUUGACGCGCAUGCGGGAAAAGCAUGAGCAGACCCUAAAGUUCCAUGAGAAAAGGCGGAUACUUUCACAGCAUGGCUUCGAAAGAACGCUCGCCAGCUACGAGAGCGACCGGAAACAAUCCCAAGCGGAGCUCCAAAUCAUCAACGAGCGUUACCUUGACUACGAGCGGCGGUACCGGGCACAUCUGGCCGAAUGGAAUCAGAUGGUAUAUGUUUUCGGAGUGCGUCCGACGCCGAGUGAUGAGAAGCAACACCUUUGGUACGGCGAGCAAAUGAUGUGGGAAUAUCAAAGAGCGCAGAAGGAGCAUCUCCGUCACCAGCAGCUGACUUUCAAGCUACAUCAGUUGGCGAAGUCCUCCUACGAGGAUUUCCGCAGUGAGCAGAAAACCAUAUGGUGUGCGAGACAACUGGAGCGGAAGCGAUUCUACGAUGCUUGCGUUGCGAUGGUCCCGAAACCACUCGCUAGGUCCGAACCGCAACACCCUUCGCCCCCGCAAACGAUACAGCCGACAACAGCCACUGAAGGCGCUGCCGAACCUACCGCGUGGACGUAUUUGAGACCUGAAAUCGCCCCCAACGCUGAGGAUGAAUCACCUCAUUGCUUCUCCUCCUCUCGACCACCAACGAUGUCUCCCGUAGUACCAGCGCCACCCGGGUUCUCUUCACCGCGGCUACGAAAGGCUUCCCCCCCGUCCGUUGUCUAUCUGUGCUCUGAGCCUGGAAAGAUUACCACCGGUAUACUACCUGCUGUACCACCUAAAAUCGCCCGGUGGUAUGUGCCCGCUCGGCGCGAUGGUAUCAGUCCGGGGUCGCUGCCACCCGGUGCCUCAUCCCUACGGCCACGAACAUCCGCUCCCGACAUUCCACCGGGCUUCCCACCUCCCAAGGCCAACUAUCGUGGUGCCGUUUCCCGCUACGGUUUCGGCCGAAACCCUGAAAAUUUGGAUACCAAUCCUGGAGGCGAAGGCGGCACUCCGCUCGCAGUACACUAGUAGACUUUAUAUGACUUUCCAAGUCCCAUUUCAGACACAGACUAUAUUGCGUUCAUUCACCGGGGCCUCUGC